UACGACCCGGCGGUUUCUGGCGAGCGUGUUGUUAUGUUGAUACGGAAAAUCAGCGGAUUUGGCGGAGGUGCCACGAAGCUCGCAAAGGUGGUCCCCAGCAAUCUGAAAGGAAAAAGCAAAAGCUCACAAGAAUGGCUCACCCGCCAGCUGAGAGAUCCGUUCGUCGAGCGAGCCAAAAUGAUGAAUUACCGCUGUCGCAGCGCAUUCAAGCUGCUUGAAAUCGAUCAAAAAUAUGGUCUCAUCAAAGCAGGCCGAACGGUGAUCGAUUGCGGUGCGGCUCCCGGUUCUUGGACACAGAUUGCGGUAAAACAAUCGAAUGCCGAUGGUGCGAUCAGCUCCGAGCGGCGAGGGAUGGUGAUCGGUGUAGACCUGUUGCAGAUUUAUCCGAUCGAACACGCAAUCCUGUUUGGUAAUAGUGAUUUUUUACGCAAAGAAACACAAGACAAAAUACGCUCUGCGUUGGGUGAACGGGGUGUUGACUGUGUCUUGUCCGACAUGGCCCCAAAUGCCACGGGUAUACGUUCGCUUGAUCAGGAAAACAUCACUACGCUCUGCUACUCCGUGUUGCGCUUUGCGUUACUAAUGUCUGCGCCGAAAGCAUCGCUGGUGAUGAAGGUGUGGGACAACGGAGAUUUGCCGAAACUGGAGCGAAGUGUCAGCGAGUACUACGGAUCGGUGAAACGGGCGAAACCACGGGCGAGCCGGGGCGACUCUUCGGAACUCUUCAUCGUGGCACGGCAAUUCCGGGGAAUCGAAGCGGAUCGUCCCUUCGAUAGUUCCGCUUCUGGUUGAAAGAUCUCGAGGAUUCAGUAGAAAAUGUUUAACGUACUAAGGCCUUCUCAGAAAACCAUGUGCUUUUAGUAGGCCCGUUGUUGCUAGGAAACCGUUGCAACGAUGUAUUGUGUCAGCCUAACCGUGUUUCGAGUCAGCACGCACUCGCCGAUGCAUAAAUACGAGACAUAAA